CGGUCAAAUCUUACACGUCACCCACAUCACAAAACUUAACCUCACACUUUUCUUGUUUUCCAAAUUAUUUUUCUUAUUUGAGUUCAAAUUUUCCACAAAUUGCCCCAAAUUGUCCAUCAAUUAUGGUUUCAAUAAUAAAUUCCGUGGACACGGGACACGAAGACAUGAUCCACGACGCCGAAGUGGAUUAUUACGGCCUCCGAUUGGCCACUUGUUCUUCGGACAACAGUGUUAAAGUGUACGACAUCAAAAACGGGGUCUCGGCCCUCUUGGACGAUCUCAAGGGCCACUUUGGACCCGUGUGGCAGAUUGCUUGGAGCCACCCCAAGUUUGGUAAUCUACUGGCUUCGUGCUCUUAUGACCGCAGAGUCAUCAUAUGGAAGGAAACCAAUAGAAAGUGGGCAAAGUAUUACGAGUAUUCGAAUCACGAUUCCAGUGUGAAUUCUGUGCAGUUUGCUCCGGCUGAAUUAGGGCUGAUUUUGGCUUGUGGCAGCAGUGAUGGUUCUAUCUCAAUCCUUACCUACACUCCUGAAACCAAUAGCUGGGAGGCAAGAAAAAUCCAAAAUGCUCAUGCAAUCGGUUGCAAUUCUGUUAGUUGGGCCCCAGCAACAACCCCCCUAUUCAAUGGCAAUGAAAAUGACCAGCAAGCGCAACAACCCUUGGUGAAAAGAAUUGUUUCAGGUGGUUGUGACAAUUUGGUUAAAAUUUGGCGCGAAGAUGGAGAUCAGUGGAUCGAAGAAACCAAGCUAGAAGUGCAUUCUGAUUGGGUUAGAGACGUAGCCUGGGCUCCUUCUGUGGGGCUUCACAGGCACACAAUAGCCUCGUGCUCUCAAGACCGUCGGGUUAUUAUUUGGACCUCGGAUGACUGCGUUAAUUGGGACUCUACAGUGCUGCACUUGUUUGACGAUGUCGUUUGGAAUGUUAGUUUUUCUCUGAAUGGAAAUAUUUUAGCCGUUUCAGGCGGCGACAAUAAGAUAUCGCUGUGGUCCCAAAAUACUGAGGGAUCCUGGCAGUGUAUCAGCGAUGUAGCUAAAGGACAAGGACAUAUAAAUAAUAAUUAGUUUAUUUAGUUUUUUUUGAAUUUGUUUAAUCCAAGAUGUGUAAUUAUUAUUAAGUAACCUUUCAUUUUAUGUAUUGUAGGAGCUAUUUACUAAAAAAUAUAUUAUUUUCUAUUAAAUA